AAAAUCAAAGCACUCCUUGAUAUUUCUGUCACUGAAAAACAAAAUAAAGCCCCUUAGCAAUAUGAGAGAAUUUACCAAAAAUUUAGUUCUCAGCUGAACGUGAGCCAAGGAACAACGGACAAGGCCAAGUAUUUUUCUCCGUUAGAUUACUGAGAAUUAAGCAUGGGACGUCGCAAGUCUAAGCGCAAGCCGCCGCCAAAGCGUAAAAACAUCCAGAGUCUGGAAAAACAGUUUAAUUGUCCUUUUUGUAAUCACGAGCGUUCCUGCGAUGUCAUUCUGGACAAAUUAAGGAAGGUAGGUCGCAUUAUAUGUCGCGUCUGUCAGGAAUCCUAUCAAACGACAAUCAUAUCCCUAUCGGAACCAGUCGACGUCUAUAACGACUGGAUUGAUGCCUGUGAGGAGACUAAUUAGGAUAAGAGCGAAGAA